AUGGCUGCCAUGUUCCUUAAUGGAAAAACUAAAGUUCCCAAAGCUCCACCCCUUCACAUUUGGAUGAAGGUGUGGAUAGGAGUCACCCUGCUGAUAGCAGUCGCUAUUCUGCUUGUGAUGAGUCAACUGCUGCCCUGGCCCUUUCACUUACACAACAAUGACACGGUGCAGAGAAUUUACAUCGGCUCCAUGGGAAUCAGCAACCAGCGAUUCCUGCCAGAGCAUGAAGAUCCCAGCAGCUCAGAGUUUACUCAGCUGGCCGCUCAAGUCAGCCAACAGCUCAAACUGAUUUACUCCAAAAACUCAGUGCUGGCCAAAUACUUCAACCGCAACUCCGUCCAGGCCUUCAGUCGCGCUCCUUGCAUCUUCUCUGUGAUCGGUGUGAUGCCCAGCCGCUUUCGGAUGCUGAUGUUCAUGAUGUGGUCCCAUCGUGUCAGGCCCAGGCACCAUCGCAGCAACCGCAUUUCCAUUGUGGGAAGGGCCUGUUCUGAGGGUGACAGCGGGGACAACAGCAUUGUGGUGUAUUAUGAGUCGGAGUUUGAUGUCCCCGUCCCUGAACGGACCACUGUGGAUGAAGCCAUUGAAUCUCUGGAGCCUCCAGCAGAAAGUGAAUGGAGCCAACAGGGACAAGGGCUGCUGAAACCCAGUGACACCCUGAACAUCAGCAGCAUCAUCUCACAAGACUAUCCUUAUCCUCCAAAUGCCAACUUCCAGUGGAGGCUUCGGGCGGAACCCGGCCACCGAGUUAGGCUCGACUUUCACACUCUGAUCUUGGAGGACGACUGUCAGCGCGACUUCAUCAAAGCCUAUGAUUCGCUGGCUCCCAUAGAGAAACGUGCUCUGACAGAACAGUGUGGGAAUCCUCAAAAGUCAUUGUCCUUCUUCUCUUCUGGAAAUGUCAUGUUACUGACGCUGGUCACAAAUGAGAAGGAAAACUUCCCUGGUUUUGAAGCAAGCUACUCCCAGAUUCCUUUGGCUAAACAAACUUGUCCAGGAAGAUUCCAGUGCAGCAAUAACAAGUGCGUCAGCAAGAGUUUUCAAUGUGACGGCUGGGACGAUUGUGGUGACAACAGCGAUGAAAUCAACUGCAAUUGUACAGGAAUGUUCCAGUGCAGCAAUAGCAGGUGCGUCAGCAAGACUUCUCAAUGUGACGGCUGGGACAAUUGUGGGGACAACAGUGAUGAAAUCAACUGCACUUGUACAGGAAUGUUCCAGUGCAACAACAACAAGUGCGUCAGCAAUACUUCUCACUGUAAUGGCUGGGACGAUUGUGGUGACAACAGCGAUGAAAUCAACUGCACUUGUCCAGGAAAAUUCCAGUGCAACAAUAACAGGUGCGUCAGCAAUACUUCUCAAUGUGAUAGCUGGGACGAUUGUGGGGACAACAGCGAUGAAAUCAACUGCACUUCAGUGGUGUGCUCAGCGUUCACCUUCCACUGCAGUAAUGGACUCUGCAUCAGUAAACUGAACCCAGAGUGUGAUGGAGAGCAGGACUGUGAGGACGGCUCUGACGAGGCUAACUGUGAUUGCGGUACGAGUUUGUACAGUAGCACUCGUAUUGUGGGGGGUCGGGGAGCUAAUGUGGGCGAGUGGCCCUGGCAGGUGAGCCUCCACUUCAAGGGGCUAGGACACAUGUGUGGAGCCUCUGUGCUGAGUGACCGCUGGCUGCUGACUGCUGCCCACUGCGUCCAAGACACUACAGUUUACAAGCUGUCUCAGGCUCACAAAUGGGAGGCUUUCCUGGGAUUGCAAGUGCAGAACCAGACCAAUGAGUGGACAGUAAAGAGGGGUGUGAAGCAGAUCAUCGCUCACAGGUACUACAACAGAUACACUGAAGACAGUGACAUCGCGCUGAUGGAGCUGAACACCAGAGUCAGCCUAACCCAGCACAUCAGACCCAUCUGCCUGCCUUCCUCCACCUACUUCUUCCCAUCAGGCCAAGAGGCUUGGAUCACUGGCUGGGGGACUACCCUGCAGGGAGGUGCCGCGACGGCCAUCCUCCAGAAGGCGGAAGUUAAGAUCAUCAACAGCCGGCUGUGUAAUAUUCUACUGAAUUACAGGGUCACAGGUAACAUGCUGUGUGCUGGAGUCCUUUCAGGAGGCGUGGACACCUGUAAGGGUGACUCCGGCGGGCCCCUGUCUGUCGCCAACUCCCGCGGGCGUUUUUUCCUGGCAGGUGUGACGAGCUGGGGCAAAGGCUGCGCUCGCAUAUACGCACCCGGCGUCUACACUCGGGUUACCAAAUACCGCAGCUGGAUAAAACAGAAGACUGGAGUGUAG